GGUUUAGCAGUGCGUAGUGCCACUAAAUUAAGCUCCAGCGAGAACGCACGGAGUUCUGCUAGCGGUACAACUGCUAUGGAGCGCCUGCGGUCGGGCACUUACAGGGCGCACACCGCUGAAGACUGGAGGGGCCGCUGUGCUAAAGCCGCGUCUAUGAGGCUCCAAUGACGCCGAGGAAGGCCUGUGGCUUGGGCGCUAAAGCAAAAAUUGCCGGGCUGGUGGGUCGAUGGCAAAGGGGUCGUGGCUUGAUGGACAGCUGUUGGUAUGGAUGGAUUUUCUGGGAGGAAGCAAGGGCGAAUCGGAGGGCAUUCUGGGAUCAACACCGUGGUUACGAGAUUCCAGAGCUUAUGGGGACGACAGUACGAGUACAUACGUCGAGGUGGUAUGUAGCGGGCAUGAUGCUAAGCUUACUGUACUGUACCUAUGGAUUCAAGGAUCAAAAUCAAAUGAUAUUUGAUGGCCAGGGCAGAUCGGAGCCUUAGUUCGGCCUAAUAGCAGUUGAUAUGUUUGCCUCGGGUUCUAUUUCCGUCGGCACUUCCAGCCCAGCGAACAGCUGGCUAAAUUGCUGCCAAAACUUCCAUAGCUGAGCUAGCACCAACGUCAAAAGAUCCAGGG